GGCUGCCUGCGUUCUCUGUCAGCGGGUGGUAUAGCCUCCAGACUGCGUGGGCUAGUGUGGGCGCAGUUGAAAAGUUUCUUAUAAAAGCGGUGAUUCCGGAGUCUCGUAUUACGCGCGUCCCCUCCCUCUGUAAUAAUUGUUUCUUACUACGAUUCCUUCCACCUACUCUGUUUCUCCUUCGUAGUAUUUCUUCGAAAAGCUUCCGUCACUAAAGGAAAUCUGGUCUAUGGUUUUGGCUGAAGAAGGUUCCACGAUGUCUCGGACUGACGAAGUACACCGUAUAACGGAGAAUGUCUAUAAGUCCAUUAUGGAGCAGUUUAACCCGUGCUUGCGGAACUUCGUGGCCAUGGGGAAGAGUUACGAGAAGGCCCUGUCCAGUGUCACAUUUGCUGCAAAGGGCUACUUCGAGGCACUGGUGAGGAUGGGAGAGAUGGCCAGCGAAAGUCAAGGCUCUAAGGAUCUUGGGGACGUACUGUUUCAGAUGGCUGAGGUCCACAGGCAGAUCCAGAUGCAGCUUGAAGAUAUGCUGAAGUCGUUCCACAAUGAGCUUCUGACAGAGCUGGAGAAGAAGGUGGAGCUGGAUGCACGCUACCUGAAUGCGGCUCUGAGGAAGUACCAGAUGGAGCAUAAGAGUAAAGGAGAGAGUCUGGAGAAGUGUCAGGCAGAACUGAAGAAGCUCCGCAGGAAGAGCCAAGGCAGCAAGAACCCCUCCAAGUACGGCGACAAGGAGAUGCAGUAUGUUGAGACCAUUGGCAGCAAGCAGAGUGACCUGGCACCGUACACAGCAGAGGGCUACAAGAGUGCGCUGUCAGAGGAGAGGAGGAGGUAUUGCUUCCUGGUGGACAGAACGUGUGCCGUGGCCAAGAACAGCAGCUCCUUCCACAGCAAGGGUAAGGACCUGCUAGCCCAGAAGAUCCCAGCAUGGCAGCAGGCGUGUGCUGACCCUACCAAGCUGCCUGACCGUGCCAUGCUCCUGGCUCAGCAGAUGACCUCUGCAGGGGGUUCCCUGGGGUCCGUCUCCCACACCCACCAUGGUUCCAAGGGCAACCUGCUCAUCUCUGACCCCAUUCCCGGGGCCAAACCCCUGCCUGUACCCCCCGAGCUGGCUGCCCUCAUGGGCCAACAGCGUAUAAUGGGACCAGGAGGAGUGGAUGGAGGGAUGCCCAUGAUGAAUGGAACGACAGGGGCCCACGGAGGAGCAGGAGGGGGAGGAGGGGAGGACUACCAACACUGGAUGGAAGGGAAGAUGGCUCAGGCCCAAGCUCAGGCCCAAGCUCAGGCCCAAGCUCAGGCKCAGCAGGCUCAGGCCCAGCAGGCUCAGGCCUCCUCCCAGGCCCAGCACCUCUCCCAGCCCCACAGACAGGGCAGUGAGGUCUACUCCAACACCCUGCCUGUCCGUAAGAACGCCCCAGCCAAAAGCAACACCACCAUGGUUCCAGAGACCCGGACCCUGCCCCGGUCUAGCUCCAUGGCUGCAGGGCUGGAGAAGAACGGACGUACCCGUGUCCAGGCMGUUUUCUCCCAUGCAGCGGGGGACAACAGCACCUUGCUCAGCUUCUCUGAGGGAGAUGUCAUCACCCUGUUGGUCCCGGAGGCCCGCGACGGAUGGCACUAUGGAGAGAACGAAAAGAACAACAUGCGUGGCUGGUUCCCUUUCUCCUACACACGUGUCAUCCCCGAGACUGACGGCAACAAACUACGAGAGAACAAUCUCCACCAUGGUAAGAGCAGCAGCACGGGGAACCUGUUGGAGAGAGAGGACAUGGCAGGUGUCCCUCCCCCAGACUACGGCAUGUCAUCUCGCCUGCUGGCACAGAGCAUGCAGAACGCAGCCAUGGCACACAGCAGCAGACGGCAACAACGGCCAUAUAGCGUGGCGGGGCCGGGCUUCUCACAGCAAGGACUUGAACAGUAUGAGCAACGUUUCCCUCAGAGUUCCGAAGGGGGAACAGUUCCGAAAUUGAUUUCGACAGUGUGAGAAGGGACAGACAGACACAGACUCGGCUUGUUGCUGCUGCUGCAAUACGACUGACUUACUGACUGCCAGGCACCUCUGCAAUCCCUCAUCAUCUGCCCUCCUCACCAGUCACUCUAACCCUCACCCCUCCCCUCCUCUCUCUAACCCUCAC